UGCCGCGUAUGUAGUCACCUUAAUGUGUUGAAAUCUAAUCGUGUAUUGCGAUAGAUUUAUUAUGAUUGAUCGUGGUUGUUUAUAAGAAAAUGUUUAAUUUUAUUCUCGAUCAAUGUUUUCUCACAGGAACCUUCUAUGCAAUCUUUGUUUGAUAAUCUUUAUCCAGGCUGACCUCGUUUUGAUAUGCAAUGGUGUGACUAUAUGGUUAGGGUUUUGUGCGCAAUUUUUUGAUGUGCUCUUGAUUGAUUCUUGGUGUUGGAUUUUUUUUUAGGUUGUGCAUUUUUUUUGGUUUCUGAGUAAUUUGAGGAAUAUAAAAGUGACAUGGAAGUUUGGAACUUUCUCGUUUUUGGCAACGUAUUAUACACACAAAAAAAAAAAGAAUCCUUUUUUUUUAUAUUGAUUUUAUCUAAAUCAAAUGGGUGCACAUACGUGGUUCAUCUGAGUAGGAGUAGUUGGUAUGCCAAGGUGUAGAUUUUCUUGCCUUUUUGUUGGCCAACCAGUCUCCAGGACAUUAUUAAUUUCACUUUUGAGAAUUGUUUCUUGGAAGGUUUGUUUUUAUCGUCUGGCCGCUCGAAAAAGUCCAAAAAAGUAUUUCCUUUCUUGAAUCAUACGGCAUCUGCUGUUGUUUUUUUUUUAAUGAUAGCACAGCUAAGAUGACUAGUUGUAUUUGGCUUGUAUUUCAGUGUCAAUGCACCAUAUUCUUACUGUCGUUAAGUAUUGAAUGCAUGUUUUUCUAGUACUUGAUAUUAUAUGAUAGAGCAAGAUAAAAAUAAAUGAUAUGUAGUUCAAAGUUAAUCAAAUCUUUUGCAUAAAAACUUGGAGAUGGAGAUAACAUUGCCAUUUGUUUUACUAUUAGGGCUGUGCUGUAUCAAUCAUUUAUUGUCAUUAUAACAUGUUUACUCGGAAGAAAAUGAUUUGUUAUAUUUCAUUUCACUAGAUUUGUCAUUGAAAGUUGAAGUUGAGGUUCUUCUGCUUCCAUCAAUGACAUUUAUAUAUCUUAUGUAGCACAGUUAAUAAGAUUUGGAAGCAAUGCCCCCAGUUAAGGCAAUACAGAUUCUUAACUAUUAUUGUAGAAAAAUUCAGACUGUGUUAAUAACACAUUUAUGUCAGGUAUAUUAUUGUCAUUACUCUUACAGAGACCCAUCAUGCAUGAUGUCUAGCUCAUCGUUUAUCUGUUACAUGCGGCUAGUAAUGGUGUUUUGGAUGACAUUUUUCAGCAAUGAUAGCUAGGCGACUGAAUCAGGUUACUCUAAAUGUUCUAUUAUAUAGAGAUCUACCUCCAAAUAGUUCAAAAUUGCUCUCACAAAGAAUUAUAUAUAUAUACUUUCAAUAGACUUCGAAAUUUGAGAUGGAUUAUUGGAAGAGGGGAUGGGAAAUUUCCUAGUGUAAGUGGUAGAAAACUCGGCCUAACUGUUGUAAGGUGGUUUGAAGGCUGUCACUUUAUGCUAAUUUUGUGGUUUGUAUCCAAUCUAUAUUGUCAACAUGAUUGAGACAAAACUAGUAAUGCCCUUUCACCGUGGGAGGAGCUGGGUGGUACAGAGGUCUAAUAGAACCUUAAAGGAGGUUUUAAGAUAUCGAUGCUGGUGUCAGAUGUUUCCGUCCGUUGAUAUGCUUAGAUCUUAGAACUUACGUCCUCAUUUUACUUUUGUUGUCUCUUUGAAUUUUCAUUUGAUAUUAGUUAUAUUCAGAUGAGUUUAGUGUGUGGUUGCUUCAAUUUGCACUGUCAGGUGAUGAUGUCCUAUAUAUGGCUUCAAACUGCCGAUGGUUCAAUACAACAAGUAGAACAAGAGGUUGCCAUGUUUUGCCCCUCGAUAUGUCAUGAAAUACAGACAGGCAUGGGAUCUUCAAAGAACUGUGCGAUAUCGCUUCCAUCACAAGUAAAUCCUGCAAUGUUGAGUUUGAUUUUGGAUUACUGCCGAUUUCACCAAGUACGAGGCCAUUCCAACAAGGAGCACAAGUCGUUUGAUGAGAAGUUUGUGCGAAUGGACACAAAAACGCUGUGUGAGUUGACAUCUGCCGCUGACAGUCUUCAAUUGAAGCCAUUGGUUGAUCUUACCAGUUGUGCCCUUGCACGAAUGAUUGAAGGGAAAACUCCUGAGGAGAUACGUGAGACAUUUCAUUUGCCUGACGAUCUAACAGAGGAAGAGAAACUAGAGCCUUUAAGAAAUAUUAGUGAUGAUCCUCGGAUUCGGCUUCUCAAUAGACUGUACGCAAGAAAGAGGAAGGAACUAAAAGAGAGAGACAGAUCGAAGAAUGUUGAAGUUGAAGAGGAGCUUGUGGACGAGCGUUCAGUUGAUGAUCUUUUGCUAUUUAUAAAUGGAGGAAAUGGAGCUUCUAAAGAUGUCAGAGCUUCUAAAAGUAAAAAGAAGAACCGUAAAAGAAAAGACCAACAAAAUUGUGCUCCUUCCAACUGCACUGAUAAGGAGUCAAAUGUUCUUAAUUCCAUGCGCCACAAUGCUAAGGCUCAUAGUCAUUUUCUGCCCAAUUUUGGCGAUGCACUAAAGCUACACAUUGAAGAUGACAGAUUUGCACCUGAGGGUGAUUUUGAUGAUGGUGUUGAUGAUCCAGUUUUGAGAGAAGAAAUCGACAGAGAGGUGGAGGAUUUUGCUCGCAGAUUAAAUUCGGACUGGCCUGAGAGGAUGCAAGAGAUUUUAUCUUUAGGCCAAGAAAGGAAGCGAGCGCCAAUGUCCACUGAUUGGAAUGGUUCUCUGAGGACAUAUGCAA